CACUUGGACACAUAUCUCAGAUAGACAAGAUGUACAGGGCUGUUUUUCUGGCUUUAGCGUGUGUGUUAGCGGUGUCUGAUGCCCUGGUGGGAAAAGUCUGUACCGUAGAGUCCGAGUGUGACGCCGGAGAAUGUUGUCAGAUCCUCAGUCAGUUCAUGGUCAUGAGCAGACGACAGGUGGACAUCUUACCCUUGGCUACGUCCCAGAAAAACGGUACCUGCCAGAAGUACCAGCUGGAGGGCUCCGGCUGUAGCGGCUUCGACAAGAUGAACGGCUACUGCAGCUGUGAGCCGGGCACCUACUGCCAUACCUACGAGAUCCCUGAUCCCAUCGUCGUGCCCACCGCCCCCACCGCAGACGUCAAGAAACGGAUGCCACUGAUGCCCAGACCAGGCUUUACCUGGGUCUCCAGGUGUGAGAGACAGACGGCCUGAACGUCUUGAUAUCUGUUACAUGAUUUGUUACAUGAUUUGUUACUUGAAUUGUUAAGUGAUUUGUUAAUGUAAUAAAAGCCACUAUACACA